AUGUUUGGAGGUGACCCCGAUGAUGGGAUCAGCAUUCCCGUACCGGAAAUAUCAGAUGGCAAAGUCCUUGGUGUCCGUAGAGGGUAUUUGCACAUAACAGGGGAUGAGUUACGCGAUAUAUCUCGACCAGUUCUGCAAGAAGUGCGCGAUUUAAUCAAGCAACCGAUCAAAGUCUCAAAGGCAACGGCAAAGGCAGUGUUUCUUGUGGAAGGAUUCGCAUAG